GGAAGCGAAAAAUCAGUGAUUCAUUAAAGCAGAGACCUCCGUGGAAGCUGGCAGAAGAGGAGGAAAGGAAGCUAAUUAUGUCUUCUUUUUCUGUGCUCGCUCCGACGAGUUUAUAGUCUGCUGCUUUGGAGGGGUUAUUCUCAGCAUCUUCUGCUUUCUCCCCCAGCCCUCCCCUCCUUCUGAGAGUGAGAGGGGGAGAAAAUAAAAGUCAGCCAAGCUCGAGGCUCCAGGUGGCUCUCAAGUACUUCAUUGCCAAAAGCAAAAAAAAAAAAAAAAAUCCUACGCUGGAAAACAAGUGAGAAAGGGGCUCCCCGGAGGGGACUGGGUCAGGCUGGAAGGCAGCAAAAUUCGGGAAGCAUGAGGAUGCAGCUCGCGCCGGUGGCCAGCGCAGCGAGCACAAGGACGCCUUAGCGGGAGCAGCAAUUAGCCGGAGCCGGAGGCGCCGGCGGUGGCUGCGGCUGCGGCAGCGGCGAGGAAGGGACCCGGGGCAGCCCCCGAGCUCCGAGCAGAGGCAUCGCACUCUCCUCUCCUCGCUCCCCUGCUCUCCCCCCUCUCGGCCCCCCCCCCCUCCCUCUCCCUGGCGUUCCCAGCAGCCGAGGGUUUCAGAUGUCCCACCGCCGUUUGACCCCCUCCCCCCGCUUCUCCACCCCUGCAAAUGAGGUUUGACCAGCAGAGGCAGAGCCCACCUCUGGCUUAGAAUCACUGACAUUUAGACUCCAGGCUUCAACCUGUUUACAAGCUGGCUUUCCAAAGGAAGGGGGGGAGGGAAAUAGAGCCAAACAAAACACCAACCGCCAUCCCCCCCCCAACAAGAAGUGACUUUCUGGAGGCUUCAAAUCAACAGGCACCACCAAAAAGAGAAAGCAAGAGAGGGAAGAAAACAACGGCGACCAGGCAGCCGCCUCCAGUUCUGACAACCCCAGAGGGACGCACUUUUAGAACUGGCUAGCAGGCUGGGGCUCUGCGGAGAGGGACCAGAAGGUGCCAACCGCAGAGGGGCGCAGACAUCUCCCCCAGCCUCCCACCCCAACCCCUUUGGAUUUUGUUCACGGUGCUGUCAUCUGUUUUUCAGACCCUUUUUUGCAUCUAACAUGGUGCAGAAAGGAGUGAAGAAGAGAACAAAGUAACUCCUGGGGGAGUGAAGAUCGCUCGUGACCAACACCACCACCGCCACCACCAGCUCCUGCUGCUGCGGCCACCCACGUCCACCAUCCACAGGGACACUCGAGAGCGCGGGGCAGCGGAUCCGAGCAAGGAGCGAGGAGAGGCAGCCGGCCCUUCCGAGGAGUUAUGGAUGUUGGUGCACUCACUUCUGGCCAAAUCCGCGCCCAGAGGGAGCUAACCAGCGGCCGCCACUUCCAGCUGUCUCCUUGCCUCGCACCAGGUCUUACCCUUCCAGUAUGUUCCUUCUGAUGAGACAAUUUCCAGCGCCGAGAGUUUCAGUACAAUGUGGAAAUGGAUACUGACACAUUGUGCCUCAGCCUUUCCCCACCUGCCCGGCUGCUGCUGCUGCUUCUUGUUGCUCUUAUUGGUGUCUUCCGUCUCUGUCACCUGCCAAGCCCUUGGUCAGGACAUGGUGUCACCAGAGGCCACCAACUCCUCUUCUUCCUCCUCCUCCUCUUCCUCCUCGUUCUCCUCUCCUUCCAGUGCGGGGAGGCACGUGCGGAGCUACAAUCACCUCCAAGGAGAUGUCCGCUGGAGAAAGCUCUUCUCUUUCACCAAGUACUUUCUCAAGAUUGAGAAGAACGGGAAGGUCAGCGGUACCAAGAAGGAGAACUGCCCGUACAGUAUCUUGGAAAUAACUUCAGUGGAAAUAGGAGUUGUUGCCGUCAAAGCCAUUAACAGCAACUAUUAUUUAGCCAUGAACAAGAAGGGGAAACUCUAUGGUUCAAAAGAAUUUAACAAUGACUGUAAGCUGAAGGAGAGGAUAGAGGAAAAUGGAUACAAUACCUAUGCAUCCUUUAACUGGCAGCACAACGGGAGGCAAAUGUAUGUGGCGUUGAAUGGAAAAGGAGCUCCCAGGAGAGGACAGAAAACACGAAGGAAAAACACCUCAGCUCAUUUUCUUCCAAUGGUGGUACACUCAUAGAGGAAGGCAGUGUUUGUGGAUGCAGUUGAACCAAAGGCUCCUGUGCCAGGAAUAGUUGGUAUCCUUCAUGAAGACAGUAGCUCAAUGGCGAAGAUACAUUGCAGAUAUCUGCUUGCUUGAAAGAAAGGAAGUCUUUGAAAGUUUUUGUACUCACUGCUGACAUAUGAUGUUCUUUUCAUUAGUUCUGUGUCAUGCCUUAAAAUUGAGGUACAGGCAGAUCAAAUGGCAUGGAAGUUAUGCCUAAGCGAACAACAUUGUAGCUGGGUUUUUGGUUAAGUUUUGGUUUAUGUUUUUGUUUUUCAAACUCUGAGAUAGAACUUAAAAGACACAGAACAAUCUGUUGAACUAUCUUUGGGAAAGUUAUUUAUGGCAUACGAACUCAUAUCAAAGACUUUCAUUGCUCAUUCAAGCCUAAUGAUUCAAUGAGCAGUCAGACGCCCAAGCAUUUACUGGAAAGCACUUGGGUCAUAUAUGCACCACCAAAGGAGUUUUGGGCGUGGCAUCGUGGAAGAAUUGGAUAGGAUUAAAAAAUGUAAACAUGUUAGUGUAAAACUAUUCUAACAAAACAAAUAGUAUGAUAUGCUUGUGCAUUCUGCCUUCAUCCCUUUCUAUUUCUUUCUAAGUUAUUUAUUUAAUAGGAUGUUAAAUAUCUUUUGGGGUUUUAAAGAGUAUCCUCAGCAGCUACCCUCUAAUUGACCUUUUCUUUUUCUUCAGCACACUACAUGCAUGUUCAUGACAAAGUGUUUUUAAAACUUGGCAAACACCUCAAGAAUAGGA